AUGGGAUCCACAACGGCUAACGGCUCGACCUCAGCACCUUCAUCCACCCUUACACCAUCAUCACCCUCGAGUUCGUACCCUUCAGCGUUACCCAGCGCCUCUGAUACGCUCUCUGGAGCCUACGCCGACCCUGCAUCCUUGCAUCCUCUCGCUGGAUUGGGCAAAAACUUGGAUUUCCUUCAACUUGAAGAAGACAAAUUACAAAAUGUCGAAGGAGCCAUGAACGUCUUGCCCUCUCGAGGUUGGACAGAUGAUCUCUGUGUAGGUACAGGAACGACCUAUGUCAGUGGAUUGGCAGUCGGUGGUGUCUGGGGAUUGAAGGAAGGUCUGGGCAGACAACUCGGUCCCAAUCCCGCUUUUAAACUUCGUCUCAACAGUGUGCUCAAUGCCGCUACGCGAAGAGGGACUUUGUUGGGCAAUUCGCUUGGAGUGCUUGCCAUGUUCUAUAACAUUGCCAAUUCGUCCCUUGACAGUAUCCGAGGCAAGCAUGAUGUGUUCAAUAGUAUGGGUGCAGCUGCACUCAGCGGAGCAGUCUUCAAAUCGACUUCCGGUAUGCGACCCGCUGCCAUGUCCGCCGGCCUCAUGGCUAGUGCCGCUGGAGCUUGGUCAGGGUUCAAGCGCUUGGUGUGA